CUAAAUCCAUGUAAAAGAAAUAUCUAAAAUCUCACACCCGAUAUUCUCUCUCAAAUGUCCCAAGAUAUUAUUAUAUCUCUUCUGCUCCACCCCCAUUUUUAGGGUUUCUGAUUUCUCCUAAAUUUCUGCUCUCACGCCAUUGAUGCAAAAUCUCUCUCAUAAUCUUCAACUUUAGCACGAAAGGGAUUGAUCUAUUAUUUUUAAAGCUAUCUGGAAAAAUCUGUCAAUUUAGGUCAGAGACGGGUAUUGCCAGUAACGUUGCGAAUCGGUAGUAGUAAUCAUGAGAACUUCAUGGGCAGACGCGGUUGAAAACGCAGCUUCGGGUUCUGAAAACAACGGGGCUGGUGGGGCUACAGCGGCUUCCAGCAAGCCUGCUUACGUUCCGCCUCAUCUUCGUAACAGAACACCUGCAUCCAGUCAAGUAGCUGGUUCAGCUGCAUCACAGGGUUCUGCACUGGCUACUAACGAUAGGUCAGGACAAAGCGGGCAAACGAGUGGUUCACGAUGGGCUGCUCCUAGGUAUGAAAACGGUAGGUCGGGAUACGUUACUGGAGGUCGUGGCGGUGGCGGUGGUUGGGGAAAUAGAGGUGGUGGUUGGGGCGGUAGAGACGUGGAGGUUAAUCCUUUCGGUAAUGACGAUAUCGACAGUUCUGAAGAGAUUAAAACAGAGCAGGAAAACAGCGGUAUCAAUUUCGAUGCGUACGAGGAUAUUCCUGUGGAAACGAGUGGUGAAAACGUACCACCUCCGGUUAAUACAUUUGCAGAGAUAGACUUAGGGGAAGCUCUGAAUAAUAAUAUUAGAAGGUGCAAAUAUGUCAAACCGACACCUGUUCAACGUUAUACGAUUCCCAUAUCUCUUGCGGGUCGGGAUUUAAUGGCGUGUGCUCAAACUGGGUCGGGGAAAACAGCAGCGUUUUGCUUUCCGAUAAUCAGUGGAAUUAUGCGGGGCCAAUUUCCGCAGAGACCACGUGGGACCCGGGCUGUGUUUCCGCUUGCGUUAAUUAUAUCCCCUACAAGAGAACUCUCCUGCCAGAUACACGAGGAGGCAAGGAAGUUUUCGUAUCAGACAGGUGUCAAGGUGGUGGUUGUUUAUGGAGGAACGCCGAUUAAUCAACAGUUACGAGAGCUCGAGAGAGGAGUUGAUAUUCUCGUCGCCACUCCAGGAAGGUUGGUUGAUUUAUUGGAGAGGGCAAAAGUGUCAUUGCAAAUGAUAAGGUAUCUAGCUCUUGAUGAGGCUGAUCGGAUGUUGGAUAUGGGAUUCGAGCCUCAAAUAAGAAAAAUAGUCGAGCAAACAGACAUGCCUCCACCAGGAGAAAGACAAACAAUGUUGUUCAGUGCCACAUUUCCUAAAGAAAUCCAGAGACUGGCAUCUGAUUUUCUAUCAAAUUACAUAUUUUUAACGGUGGGUCGUGUUGGUUCAAGUACCGAUUUGAUUGUCCAAAGAGUGGAAUUUGUUCAAGAAGUUGACAAAAGAAGCCAUCUUAUGGACCUCCUUCAUGCUCAGAAGGAAAAUGAUUCUCAUGGAAAGCAAGCUCUUACAUUAGUUUUUGUCGAGACAAAGAAGGGAGCCGAUUCACUUGAACAUUGGCUGUACGGUAAUGGAUUCCCUGCUACUACAAUUCAUGGUGAUAGAACACAACCGGAAAGGGAACAAGCACUGAGAUCAUUCAAAAGCGGAAAAACACCGAUUCUUGUAGCGACUGAUGUGGCAGCCCGUGGUCUAGACAUCCCACACGUUUCUCACGUGGUCAACUUUGACCUUCCCAACGACAUUGAUGACUACGUGCACCGAAUAGGACGAACAGGUCGAGCUGGCAAGACGGGAUUGGCUACAGCUUUCUUUAAUGAAAACAACUUGUCAUUAGCAAAAUCAUUAGCAGACUUGAUGCAAGAAGCUAAUCAAGAAGUACCCGCGUGGCUCACUCGUUAUGCCAGUCGGGUAUCGUAUGGUGGCGGUAAGAACAGGCGGUCUGGAGGGCGGUUUGGUGGUCGUGAUUUUAGAAAGGAUAACUCUUAUAGUGGUGGUGGUGGAUACGGCGGUGGUGGUGGUGGUGGAUAUGGCGGGUAUGGUGGCGGUAACAGUGGUGGAUACGGUGGCUAUGGUGGUGGUAACAGUGGAGGUGGAUAUGGAGGAUAUAGUGGUGGCGGUGGUGUGCCUAGUGCUUGGGAUUAGUCAUUUGGAAUACGAGUGUAUUGAUUCAUUUGUUUUGAGUCAAGCAUAUACAUCAUUUUUAGCAGGAAUUCAGAAUUAUAAUGUGCUUAAAAUUAUGUUCUUAUCAAAUUUUGUUUUUAUAUA